AGCCAUUUUGGGAUUCGCUUCCACCGAUACGCGACUGCCACACGCGACUGACGCCAUGGCCGACAUUGCUGCCAUCGAGAAGGUCACUGCAGUACUUCCUGACUUUCAGUCCACAGACCUGGCUGAGACGGGCGAGAAGCUCCAAGUGCAUUUGGUGGAGAUGACCAAGACGCAGUUGGAGACCAAGCAGACCAUUCAGGCGACGGUGGAGGCAGAGCGUCAGCAGUGGCAGGACGCCGAAGCGGCGCUGGAGAGCGCCAAGGCGUCGGAGCGCGAAUCCAUCCAGCAGCUGGAGGCGAAAGCGAACGCGCUGCUGGCAGCCCAGGCAGAGUUCAAGGCUGUGGAGGAAGAGUUGAAGAUUGCAGAGGAAAGCAGCCGCGAGUACAGGGAGGCGGGCGAGCAGCUGCGGGCAGCCAAAGUCACCCACGAGAUGCAGCUGGAGCUGUUUGCAGCUCUUCGGUCUGGCACCUGGACUGAGAAGGAGCAGCACGAGAAGCUGCCGAGCUUGAAGGACUACCUUCAGAGCAUCGCUUUGGAGAAGACCCUUGUGGCAGCGGCCGAGGGGCUCAAGACGUCGCCAGACGCGCGCGGCGGCUUCGACCAGAUGGCCAUCGACUGCAUCGCUCAGGAGCUGGGCGAAAAAAUGAAGGCUUUGGAGGAGCAGCUGCUGCAUCGAGCACCGGCAGAGAGGCAGCUUGAAGCCUCACUUUUGGGGCUGCAAGCGCUCGCUGAUGUUUGUGACCAGAAGGCACAAGCAGCCCUUGCAGCACAUCAACUGGUUGAAGAGAAGAUGAAGGGUUUCACCAGCAGCAUCAAGGCACUGAAGCAGCAAGUCGUGAAGCACGCGAAGCAGCUGGAGAGCUCGACCGAACGCUUGAAAGCAGAGCAGGCAGAGAGAGAGAGAGAGAUGAAGACACCGGAGAUCUCAACGAACGCGCUCCGCUCUGCUUCUGAGCUGCAACCUACCCGAAGCCGGUCGGACGCACCGGGGGUUGCCGUGCGUGGCGGAUCGGCAGGUGAAGGUCUCCGCCUUUCAGGAGGCCACAGCGGCACUGGAGCACCUCCGGGCGGAAGCGGAGGCACCCGCCACGCAGCCGGCGCCAGUGCCCGAGCCGCUCACCGAGCCAGUUGCAAUGGACACAGCCUCACCCACUGCUGAGGGCGAAGUGCCUCCAGCGAAGCGCCUUCGCAUGGAAGGCGCACCGCUUCCGCCUGCGCUGGUGGCGAGCCCUGCGCGCAUCCGCAGCUGAGAGCGAGGGACAUGAGCCGAGCUUGUAAGGAAGAGUUGGAGAUAUCCAGGGGAGACAGGGAAGUGGAAAAGGUUCCUUCUUGGAGA